UGUCCACAUCACUAAUAUAAUUCAGCAAAUGGGCAGACGUAAUCAAAGCGACGAAGCGACAUUUACUGACAAUAGUAAAUCAGCACGGAAGGCAAAAAGCUCUGAACCAGGCACUUACCGCUUAGCUCCUCACAGCAAAUCCAGAGUUGCUUACUUUCACGAUGAAGGUGUUGGCAAUUAUCACUAUGGAGAAAGACAUCCCAUGAAACCACAUAGAUUGACAUUGACCAACCAUUUAGUUCUCAAGUAUGGAUUGCACAAGAAGUUGGAAGUCUUCCAACCCAGAAGAGCCACUGAUCAAGAGAUCACCGACUUCCAUGCUCAUGACUACAUUGACUUUUUGAAAAGAGUAACACCGGAUAACGCCGAAAACUUUGCAAAGUACUUUCAACGCUUCAAUGUGGGAGAUGACUGCCCUAUCUUUGAUGGAAUGUACGAUUUCUGUCAAAUAUACGCUGGUGCAACGAUCGAAGCAGCGCGGAAACUCAUAGCAGGAGGCGCCGACAUCUGCAUCAAUUGGUCAGGAGGACUUCAUCACGCCAAACGAUGCGAAGCCAGUGGCUUCUGUUAUGUUAAUGAUAUUGUGCUCGGCAUUCUGGAGCUACUGAGACACUUUCCAAGAGUUUUGUAUGUGGACAUUGAUAUUCAUCAUGGAGAUGGUGUGCAAGAAGCAUUUUACACAACCGAUCGAGUCAUGACUGUCUCGUUUCAUAAAUACAACGGCGACUUCUUUCCGGGAACGGGUCAUUUUGAUGAAAUAGGCUCUAGUCUUGGAAAGUACUACUCUGUCAAUGUGCCUCUGCGUGACGGUAUCGACGAUAAUUCAUACAUCUGGCUAUUCCGUCAAGUCAUGGAAGCUGUCAUCAACACUUUCAAACCUUCUGCCAUUGUUUUGCAAUGUGGAGCCGACUCUCUCGGUUGUGAUCGUCUUGGUUGCUUUAACCUCAGUAUUGAAGCACACGGAAAAUGUGUGCAGUUUAUCAAAAGCUUUGGUAUUCCCCUUCUUGUCUUGGGUGGUGGUGGCUACACGAUACGCAAUGUAGCUCGAUGCUGGACAUACGAAACUUCCAUUCUAGUCGAUACAGAGCUCGAUAAUAAUCUUCCUGACAACGAGUAUAGAGAAUUCUUCAAGCCUGAUUAUCAACUUCACCCACAUUUAUCGGGAAGGUUGGAGAACCAGAACGACCGAGCCUAUCUUACUCGGCUCAAGCAACGCAUCCUGGAGCAAUUAAGGUAUCUCGAUGGAGCACCCAGCAUCCAGAUGCAAGAAAUACCUCCGGACAUCCAAGGCUUUUUGGAGGAUGGUGAAGACGAACAACGUGAGGCCAAAGAAGACUCUGAAGCACACAAGGAUAUCCGUGACCUUGGCGGCCAAGUAGAAGUGGUUGGUGAAUGGUACGAAGAUGAUUUCGAUAACGAUGGCGAUGCAAGGGAUGGUGAAAGCAGAGGUGUUUUGUGGAGAGGUGAACCUAGCACUCCUGCGGAAUCAACCGAUAUAGAUGUUUGAACACUUUGACCGAUUUGGUUUUUUUGAAUCACUACUUGUACUAUACACACUUUUAUGCUACAUCUUACAAUUAAAGCAAUCAUGUAAUUAUCUCUCAGCUUAAUCUCACUUGCUGAAUCAUUUGACAGAC